UGCUAUUGAGGCACUACAACAAUAUUGAGGCAAAACAACUUUCUAAGUGAAAGGACUGUGAGAUGAUCCUAUGGGUAGAGAUGUUGAUACAACUGCAUUUAAGAUUGGUAUGGAAGUUUUGGUUGAACGAAACCAAAAGUAAAUUGUUUUCAUCUCUGUUGACAAUGGAAGUGAAUGAUUUAGAGAUGCAUGUAACCAAUAGUGUUAUGGGCACUGGGAAGGUGGAAACACUUACCCUAUUUCCAAGUUUGUUGGUUGGGUGACCAACACCGGUGACCUUUCUUGAAACAAAGUUUUAAUUUGUGUUAAUAUUAAAAAAAAGAUUCAUUGUACAAUUUUGAGUAAUAAGGAACAGGCCAUUUAUCAAACAAUCUGUGAUUAAACAGCAGGGUUCUCACACUAAUCAAUCUAAUUGUAGGCAAAACACUUUGUUUUAAAUGUAAGCCUUUUUUUUUGCAUCGGCAAGGAGCCUGGAAGAGGUGAAAGAGGGAGGUAUUCUUCCUAGGGAAAAGAGAUGAAAGACAUGCAUGAACACACAUGCAAUUGGCUUUUCUGCCUAAAAUGAAAAAAAAGACUGUGGUUUACGGUGCAUCUCAAAAUACAGGUAGCAGGCCCUGCUCUGUCCAUUACAGCCUGCAAGAGAGAUGCAAUCUGUGUGUGUUGAUCCUGCUACUGGUAAAUCAUUAGAGCCUGGACAGCUGCUGAAGCUGUUUGCAGUGGGUGGAUUUAAUGCAUUUUGCCACGCCUCCUUUACCCUCUACAAGAAGAGCUCAGACACAAGCUGCCUCUUUGCCUGUUGCUCAUUCAGUCUCUCAUGCGUGAAUUUGCUGAAUCUGAAUCCCAGUUACUGAGUCCACACGCAACCUACAGCUAUGGCAGGAAAAGCCCACAGACUGAGUGCUGAGGAGAGGGAGCAGCUGCUACCAAACCUGAGAGCUGUAGGCUGGAAUGAGGUGGAUGCGAGAGAUGCCAUCUUCAAGGAAUUCCAUUUCAAGGACUUCAAUCGGGCCUUUGGCUUCAUGACCAGAGUAGCCUUACAGGCAGAAAAACUGGACCACCACCCUGAAUGGUUCAACGUUUACAACAAGAGGGAAGUCUUAACAUUGUUGCAGAGCAUAACAAAUAGCUUCUGGGGAAGCUGCACAUGCAUCUACAGAUCUGCGCCUCCAAGUAAAAUGGCACUGCAACCAAACAGGAUCCAGAAGGGAAUUCAGGACUCCUCACAUGAGGGGACUUUCACAAAAUUGGACUUAUAAAGCUACUUAGAUUAGCUAUCAAAUUGUUGUAAACACGGAAAGGUAUCCUUGGCUCAGAGACUGACAGAAAAGACAGUAUUCAAGGUUGUACUGCAGAUGUAGUAAGUCUCUGAAAAAAAAGUGAAUGCUUAAAAAACCCCCAUCCAGGAAGAGCACACACCAACUGCUGAAGCUUCCUUAGCCUGACGAAGGGUUUUUGAACCCCAAAGCUUGCUUAAUAACUAUUCUCCAACCAUUGGGGUUGGUCUAAUAAAAGAUAUCAAAAUCACCCAAGGAACCUUGUCUGCCUAUGUCCUUAGACCAACACAGCUACAACCCAAACCCCUAAAACCCGCCCCCACAUUUUGCAAUACAAGGGUAUUCUGUUUUCAGGCAAAAAUGAGAUGAAGAGUAUUAAAAGGUAUUUUGACACUAUUGCAGGCACAUCACUGUAAUAACUUGGUAAGUAAGUUAUUCUGUAUUCAAACUGCUACUUUUAAUAUACCAAAUUUUACUUUGGCUGGGGAAAUUCAGUAACUCUCUUUACCAAAAUCCCAGGAAGAGCUCUUCAAGUGGCUAACUUGAUUGUAAUUUUUCUAUUCUACUGGCUCCAAAAUAUACCUGAAUAAAUCCACAGCUCUUCAGUAUAACUUGCUUUCUGCACUUUUAAACAGCUGGAGAGAAAAUAUGCCAAAGAUAAUGCCCUUAUCAGGACAGUGAAAGGAAGAGCUGUUGCAAUAACUGCAAAUCACAUUAUUUAACAAUAAGCCACACUUUAGGAGCCAUGACCUAGAUUUUAUGCUGUUUAGGACCAGCUUCGCAUCAGUAAAAGGCAGAUAAAGUAUGCCAGGAUGCCCAAAUGCACUAUAUUAGUAUUUAAAAAAAUGCAUUAUACCAUUUUUAGGUAGUAGUGAGCUAAAGCAAAUACAGAAUCACUAUUAGAUCAACUUCUCUUAUAUAGGCCCUCUGCAAAUAGCUUGUGUACAUUUAGUGUACAAAAUAUCCUAACAUUGUAUGCACUCUGCACGCACACGCACACACACACACUGCCCUCUCCAAGGCUUAAAGAGAGACUGUAUCCUGAUGUGUCACAUAGAAUAGUCUUCAGUUUGAUAAGUAAAGAUCAAACAUGUGCAAGCACUUAAACUUCCUUGUGAAGACUUGUGUAUACCCAAUAACUCCAUUCUCCACAUCUCAAACAUUACCAGUGUUUAAUACCAUAUUUGGAUAGCUAUCCAGUAGUAUGUUGCAGGAAGGCAGAAUCUGAUAUUUUGGGAAAUCCCUCCACCUAUAAAAGUACCAUCAAGUUUUUUAUUACAGUCUGUUCUUUAGCUUUUAAAACCAAGUAUAUAAAGGUAUUAAAUGACACAGGUCUUCCCAAAAAAACUGCAAAUAUGCAUGAUAAAGGAGAUACGGUUUCUAUAUUAAAAGACAAAAGUAAAUUAAGACUAUGUACUAAUAAAAUACAGUAUCAUUCUUACAGUAUAGAACAAAUUCACAUAAAACAUAGUUAAAGUCACAACCAUUAACCAUAGGUAAACAUCAGAAUGGAGUCACUUAGACUGAUAGGCAAGUUGUGAAAUACAUCUAAAAACAUGAACAGGAACACUGAUUUGUUAAACCCAACUGUUUGUUUUUUUUGUUUUGUUCUGUUUUUUUAGGGAGAGGAUUAGGAAUUUGGGGACCAUUUUUAAAUAGUAUUUCCCUUUUUUUUUUUUUUUUUAGUCUGGACUAAAAGGAGA